AGGAAUUAAGGUUUUAAUUGUUUUACAAAAGCGACAGUAAAACACAUAAACACAAAUGACUUGGAUGGCUCAUAGAGCUUCCGUGCUUUCACAGACUACAGGUUGACUGAGUUCACAACUGACCAAAAACAGACCAAAAACAGUAACAAAUAAAACUACAGUAUGAAAUAAAGAGAAAACAGGGAGCCAUAUUAUAAGAUAAAUGGUGAAUCUUUUUUAAAUCCAAAUACAUAGGCUAACUGAAAGACAAUCACCUCAACGGAGGACGGGUUCAAUUAUCUAAACAAUAUCCCAGUGGUGUAAAGUACUUCAGUAAAACUACUUUAAAGUACUACUUAGGUCGUUUUUUGGAGGUAUCUGUACUUUACUUUACUAUUUAUAUUUUUGCCAACUUUUACUUUUACUUCACUACAUUCCUAAAGAAAAUGGUGUACUUUUAACAUUUUCCUAACACCUUAAAGUACCCGCUACAUUUUCACCAGAAAAUUCACACACUAAUUCACACACUUAUCAAGAGAACAUCCCUGGUCAUUCCUACUGCCUCUGAUCUGGCAGACUCAUUAUACACAAAUUCUUCAUUUGUAAAUUAUGUCUGUAUGUUGGAGUGUGCCUGGCUAGCCGCCUGGCUAUCCGCCUGGCUAGCCACCUGGCAAUUAAAAUACAAAUAAAAUGGUGCCAUCUGGUUUGUUUAAUAUAAGGAAUUUGAAAUGAUUUAUACUUUUUGAUACUUAAGUAUUAAAAGUAAAUGGAAUUGCUAAAAUGUACUUAAGUACAUUUAAAACCAAAUACUUUUAGACUUUUACUGUAACGGUUUUCUUCUGGUGAAAGAGAGGCGGACCAAAAUGCAGCGUGGUGGUUAUUCAUGUUUUUAAUAAAGACGACUACACAUGAACAGACUAAACAAAACAAGAAAAGUGAAAACCUAAACAGUCCUAUCUGGUGCAAACACAGAGACAGGAACAAUCACCCACAAAACCCAACACAAAACAGGCUACCUAAAUAUGGUUCCCAAUCAGAGACAAUGACUAACACCUGCCUCUGAUUGAGAACCAUAUCAGGCCAAACAUAGAAAUAGACAAACCAGACACACAACAUAGAAUGCCCACCCAGCUCACGUCCUGACCAACACUAAAACAAGGAAAACACAUACGAACGAUGGUCAGAACGUGACAUUUACUCAAGUAGUAUUUUACUGGGUGACUUUCACUUUUACUUGAGCCAUUUUCUAUGAAUGUUUCUUUACUUGUACUCAAGUAUGACAAUUGAGUACUUUUCCCACCACUGCAUUUCCAUAGCUGGGGUUCAAUAUACAGCUUGGACCCCUAUUUGUAUUUAUUAUGGAUCUCCAUCAGCUGCUGCCAAAUUGCUGCUGCUAAAUCAGCUGCUGCUAAAUCAGCUGCUGCCAGAUAAAUUAAGGCAGUUAUACAAUUUUAUAAACAUUACAAUACAUUCAUAACAGAUUUCACAACACACUAUUUGUGUUUCCUCAGGCCCCUACUCCAUUACCACAUGUCUCCACUGUCCUAUCAGCAUCUCUCCACACAAAGAAUAAACUGCAAACAAAUGGACAUUGGUGCAGUGGCAUAACUUUUAAAGCAAUACAUAGCCUGUCAAAUGUUAAUAAACGCUGAUAAAGAAAGUAAACACAUUCCUCAGUACAACUGACCACACCGCAAACAUUUAUUAAAAACGCAAGGUUCUAAAAAUAGUUAUCCAGCAGACACAGCAAAAACAACGACACCACAUAGACUCCACAAACUUUGGGUACAAAUGUUCUGAUCCCCACUGGUAUAAGGGGCACUUUUAUACUUUUGACCUGACCUCUCCCCUUACAAAAAAAGAUAGCAGUCAGAGUACAGUAUACGUGCAGUUAGAGUGCAGUAUAACUGCAGUAUGUUGCAAAUACUGUCUCCAAAAUAACACUGUGUACUGCAGUUACUGCACUUUUACUUUCAAAACGUAAAUAUUUUUUGUAAGGGUCUAAUCAGGGUCCAAGAGGAAUCACACUGACCCAAACCUUAUCUGGUCUAUCUCUCGCUCGCUCGCUCCCUUUCUCUCUCUCACACACACAAACAAGCACGCACUCACUUUCCCUCCUUCUGCUUGUCUUCAGUAGAAGAUGAACGGCCUGUCCAUUAGAGAGCUCUGCUGCCUGUUCUGCUGCCCUCCUUGCCCCAGCCGCAUCGCAGCCAAGCUGGCCUUCCUCCCUCCAGAGCCCACCUACUCCAUGCUGCCUGACCCGGAGGCUACAGCUGCGGGAGCAGCCGGGACCACGCCAGGGGGUGCUCCCCCCUCUCUGGUGCCUCCGGGCCUGCGCUCCCGGCUGGGUGGCAGUGCGGGAGACAGAGGUGGUGGGGGUGCUCCCCCCUCUCUGGGGGCUCCGGGCCUGCGCUCCCGGCUGGGUGGUGGUGCGGGAGACAGAGGUGGUGGAGGGGGAGGAGGUGGUGGAGAGGGCAGGUGGAAGCUCCAUCUAACAGAGAGGGCAGAGUUCCAGUACACUCAGAGAGAGCUGGACAUGACAGAUGUGUUCCUGACCAGGUCCAGCCGGGGGAACAGGGUGGGCUGCAUGUACAUCCGAUGUGCCCCCAACGCCAGGUUCACAGUGCUAUUCUCCCAUGGUAAUGCAGUAGAUUUGGGUCAGAUGAGUAGCUUCUACAUUGGCCUGGGCACUCGUAUCAACUGCAACAUCUUCUCCUAUGACUACUCUGGCUACGGUGUCAGCACCGGCAAACCCUCAGAGAAGAACCUCUACGCUGACAUAGACGCUGCCUGGCACGCCCUGCGCUCGCGGUAUGGCAUCAGCCCAGAGAACAUCAUCCUGUAUGGGCAGAGUAUUGGCACAGUACCAACAGUGGACCUGGCAUCCAGGUUUGAGUGUGCUGCUGUGGUGCUCCACUCCCCUCUCACCUCUGGCAUGAGGGUGGCUUUCCCCGACACCAAGAAGACGUACUGCUUCGACGCCUUUCCCAACAUAGAGAAGGUGUCUAAGAUCCCAUCCCCGGUGCUGAUCAUCCACGGGACGGAGGACGAGGUGAUAGACUUCUCCCACGGCCUGGCUCUGUUUGAGCGCUGUCCCAAGGCCGUGGAGCCACUCUGGGUGGAGGGGGCGGGACACAACGACAUAGAGCUGUACAGCCAGUACCUGGAGAGACUACGGCGCUUCAUCAACCAAGACCUGGCUGCAGCACACGCCUGAGUGAGGAUGUGUGUGUGUGUGUGUGUGUGUGUGUGUGAGGAGCUGUACAACAACAUCAAACUACAGCCUUAAGUCUGUAGAAAAGGAGCAUCCACUAUGCUGUAAAUCUGUCUGGCUGUGUGUCUGGCUGUGUGUCUGGCUGUGUGUCUGGCUGUGUGUCUGGCUGUGUGUCUGGCUGUGUGUCUGUGGUUGAGGUUGUGUGCAUUGACUCAUGGGAAUGAAGGAUCUUGAUAUGGACACCUGUCAGACGCCUGGAUACGUGUUCCUAGAGACUUCCUGAGGCAGAGCAUUUGUGCACUACGAACUGUCUUCUCUGUGUACAUGUAUGUACAACUCCCAGAGUUGAAGAUGCUAUCUGUAUGGACCUGAGCUGACAUCACUCCUCCCUGUGUCUGCAGUGGACAUCUGUCUGUCUACUUUUCUGUCUCUCUCCCUGUCUCUCUAAUAAUGAACAUUUCUCUCUGGAUUUCUUUCAACUAUCAUGUCCUAACUAAGGACUAGGGCGAAGAAUAGAACUGGCCUUUGAGAGUCUAAGAGAAAGUCUGCACUCCUGUGUGUUUGUCUUUGGCUGUGGAAGGCAGCCAUUUGAACUUCUUCUGAGUUAAAGGUUGUGAUAACUGAGUGAGAGUGGGGAAUGCAGGAUGUACUGCAGUAUUACUCUGACUAGUUGUUUGACUGUUGCCUGUCCAUAUGAUGUAAUGUGUCUGAAGUGAAAGGGUUGUGGAGACAUUGAUGUCUCUGAAGCCUGAGAUGAACAUGGAGAGUCUGAUCCCAGAUCUGUUUAUGAUCACAAACCAAUCUUGAAUCAGGCAACACAAAUAUCUAGUUUGUUUUCUUCUGUAAGGAGGCCUCUGUCUCUUGAUAGAUUCCUAAUGUGAAUGAACUAUAGUGGGAAAAACGUUUGAGAAAAUAAUGUUAAUUUAUAUCCAGUCUUCUCUGUGGCUCUUGAGACGGGUCCGUUGACUCAUGACGGUAGAGAGAGCAGGACAGUGGAUGGUGUCCGUGAGGCCAUCUCAACUGGCAUUUUCUGUUACAUUUGAUCGCACAUAUACACUAUAUAUACAAAAGUAUGUGGACACCCCCUCAUAAGUGGAUUAGUCUAUUUCAGCCACACCGGUUGCUAACAGGUGUAUAAAAUCAAGCACACAGCCAUGCACUCUCCAUUGAGAAACAUUGGCAGUAGAAUGGCCUUACUGAAGAGCUCAGUGACUUUCAAUGUGGCACCAUCAUAGGAUGCCACCUUUCUAACAAGCCAGUUCAUCAAAUUUCUGCCCAGCUAGAGCUGCCCCGGUCAACUGUAAGUGCUGUUAUUCUGAAGUGGAAUCUGCUAGGAGCAACAACGGCUCAGCCGAGAAGCGGUAAGCCAUACAAGCUCACGGAAUGGGACCGCCGAGUGCUGAAGUGCGUAAAAAUUGUCUGUCCUCAGUUGCAACACUCACUGCCGAGUUCCAAACUGCCUCUGGAAGCAACAUCAGCACAAUAACUGUUCGUGGGGAGCUUCAUGAAAUGCGUUUUCAUGGCCAAGUAGCCGCAUACAAGCGUAAAAUCACCAUGCGCAAUGCCAAGCGUCGGCGGGAGUGGUGUAAAACUCGCUGCCAUUGGACUCUGGAGUAGUGGAAACGCUUUCUCUGGCCUGCACAGAGCCCUGACCUCAAUCCCAUUGAACCCCUUUGGGAUGAAUUGGACCGCCGACUGCGAGCCAGGCCUAACUGCCCAACAUCAUUGCCCGGCCUCACUAAUGCUCUUGUGGCUGAAUGGAAGCAGUCCCCACAGCAAUGUUCCAACAUCUAGUGGAAAACCUUCCCAGAAGAGUGGAGGCUCUUAUAGUAGCAAAUGGGGGACCAACUACAUAUCAAUGCCCAUGAUUUUGUAAUGAGAUGUUCGACAAGCAGGUGUCCACAUACGUUUGGUCAUGCAGUGUAUGAAAUGGUUGUUCACUUCGCUGCUAUUCAACUGUCACUCGCAUAAGACUAUUCCUGAGGACUAUUCCUCAUGAGAAAUACAUGGUGUUUAUAGCAUCUUAUAAAUAUAACACUGACUGACUUUCUGACAUCUGAAAGGAAUUCACAUUUAUCCUCAAUCUUUAAUCGUGCAUUUUCCUCUCAAAGUAAUAAAAACGUGUAUAGUGUAUAGCGGAGCCACAGAGUUCGUCAAAGUGUUAGAAAUGUUGAAUUUUAAUUGGGUUCCAUGGUGGUUCUAAGUCAAUAGCAUGGAACCAACAUGGAUGCCAGUUUCUUGAACUGAUGAUACAAUGUCUGGUGUAUAGGAGCUUUUCUAUGGUGGCAGUAUUGAUCCAAGCCAUAAACGAGCCUUUCACUGUUAGUGUGGUGCAGGUUCCACCACAUCAGUCCACACACAGAGCGCGCAAGCAUGAUAAGCAGGUCUUAAGUUCAGCACUAUUGUACAAAGCAUCCAAAGUGUAGUUGAAAAUAUGUUUGUGUCUCCUUUGCAUUGUUGACUACCUGCCCCCAGAAAGACCAGAAGCAAGGACUCUAGGAAUGACCUAGUCAUAGAAUACUGAAGUUACUGUCAGUUAAAGUAACUCUCUAUUGAGGGGACACUGUAUGUUGAUGAUUAAACAAUACAUAACAUUGCAGUCAUCCUGGGUCAAAGUGGCACUUUGUAGGUGGCUGUUUUUCUAGGAUCAUUUUCAACAGGUAUCUAUUCCAUUUUCACAGUAUGCUGUGUGUCACCAGACCCAAGGUGGUGGAAGUCCCUCAGGCUCCCGUGCCAGACUCUUCAGGGUUCUAGACUCUUCAGAGUUUUAGGCUGGUUAGGGUUCUAAGCUCUCCUAAAAUACAAUGAGACUAGACCUGACUGUCAGUUGUCAUUACUGUACACUACUGUAUGGGUUCUUGCUAAGGUCUCAAAAUAUAAUGGGGACUAAUUAACACAGUGGUUCAUUGAGACUAAAUAGAGAAUAGUCUCACUCACUAUGAUAAUGAAGUGAGGUAUCAAUAUUCUGACAACUUUAUGCAUGUCCAUUAUUUGUGUUUUGCUGGGCAAGUGUUGGGGUGGGGUAUGUAACGUAGUGUGUGUGAUGCCAGAGGGAAAAUGUCAACUCAAGGUAUCGUACAAUAUAGUGCUUUUUAAACGGGGGUAUAGAUUUAGUUGUUUUUUUAUUACUGAAACUAAUGUAUUGUUUUGACUUUUGUGCUAGUUUGGAUGGGGAAAGGCUGGGUGGGGAUAGAACAUGAGGAUGUGGUUUAUAUAUGGUUAUUGUAGUUAACUAUUCUGUUUGUAUUAUGAUUUGUAAUAUGAAAAAAUGACUGACAAUAUGAUGUAAUGUCAUUAAUUCAGGGGACUGAAUCUUGACCUUUUUAUUGACAAUGGGGGAAAAAACAAUAAACAAUUAUGUACAAAAAUAUAAACUUGUGUUGUUGAUUCUGUUGUAAAAGCAAAUGACAGAAUUUGUGAAUCCAUUUAGUACAAUGGAAAGAAAGUAUGUGAACCCUUUAGAAUUACCUGGAUCUCUGCAUAAAUUGGUAAUAAAAUUGUAUCUGAUCUUCAAGUCACAACCAUAGACAAACACAGUCUGCUUAAACUAAUAAUAAACUAUUAUAAUUCUUCAUCUCUUUAUUGAUCAUACCAUGUAAACAUUCACAUUGCAGGUUGGAAAAAGUAUGUGAACCCUUGAAUUUAAUAACAGGUUGACCCUCCUUUGGCAGCAAUAACCUCAACCAAAUGUUUUCUGUCGUUGCGGAUCAGACCUGCACAACGGUCAGGAGGAAUUUUGGACCAUUCCUCUUUACAAAACUGUUUCGGUUCCACAAUAUUCUUGGGAUGACUGGUGUGACCCGCUCUCUUGAGGUCAUGCCACAGCAUCUCAAUCGGGUUGAGGUCAGCGAUGACUGGGCGACUCCAGAAGGCGUAUUUUCUUCUGUCCAAGCCAUUGUUGUUGAUUUACAUCUGUCUAAUAGGUUGUUGUCCUGUUGCAUCGCCCAACUUUCUGUUGAGCUUCAAUUGGCGGACAAAUAGACUUACAUUCUUCUGCGAAAUGUCUUGAUAAACUUGGGAAUUCAUUUUUCCGUCUGAUAGCAAGUUGUCCAGGCCCUGAGACAGUAAAGCAGCCCCAAACCAUGAUGCUCCUCCACCAUACUUUACAGUGGGAUGAGGUUUUGAUGUUGUUGUGCUGUGCCUGUUUUUCUCCCACAGUGUUGUGUUCCUUCCAAACAACACAAUUUUAGUUUAAUCUGCACACAGAAUAUUUUGCCAGUAGCGCUGUG